CGAGACAGCAGUAGGAUGUACUUAAGCAAUAGCAUCAUGGAUGGCAUGUUAACUGAGGGCACCUCUGCGAUUCCUCCUCCGCAGCCCCCUCUGGAGCCUAUUGAACGUCCUCCAACCCCUCCUCCAUUGCCUCCCGACGAAUCCGCCCUUCCUCCGCCACCAACGGACCCGGCUCCUCCUCCACCUCCGCCAGAUUCCCUUGCUCCGCCCCCGCCGCCGGAAGAUGUUCCUAGGUCUACAUAUACUGUACCGGUGGUGGUAAAGAAGAAGAAAGUAGGAUGGGGAAGCUCAAAGUCAACCACACCUUUAAGUGUCGAGGAGCUAUUAAGGAAGAAGAAGGAAGCGGAUGAAGCAGCUUCAAGGCCUAAAUUUCUUACAAAAUCCCAACGUGAGAAACUUGCAAUGGAGAAAAGAGCGAAAGAAAUCGAGCAUGAGAGACGAAUAAGAGCUGCAAGUACGAACGGCAGUAUGGUGUCAGAUUCUAAUGGCGGGGGUGGCAAUUCGAAUGGCCGUGCUUCGCCGACCACUCGAUAUGAUAAUGUGAAUGGAAGCUCGACGACCUCAAUUCCUACCGCGCCGCGUGCGCUACGAGGAGAAAUACCCACGGCCCCGGCUGCCAUGCGUAGCUCUCAGGCGAAGAAUAAUGACCCGCGGCCAGGAAACAAAGUACCGUCCGAUUCGGCUGCCACAGGCGAGAAACGAACGGCACCUGAAGAUGCUCAGGCCCUGCUCACCAGACAGCGAUAUAUGGGCGCCGACCAAACAUCUAGCUUCUCUGCCAAGAAGAAAAGAAGACGUACAACUGAACGAAAGUUCAACUUUGAAUGGAAUGCGGAUGAGGACACUAGCCCUGAUUAUAACCCGCUGUACCAGAAUCGGUCUGAGAUGAACUUCUUUGGCCGAGGUCGAUUAGCUGGGUUCUCUGACGAUGUAGUCGAUAGCGCGGCGAAGAGAUAUGCGAAAGCUCUUGAGGAUAGAGACCUGGAGGCAGGUAGCGCAAGAGCACGGGAAAUUCUUGAAAUGGAAAGACGCAGGAGAGAAGAAGGUGGCCGAAACGGGUUGGAUUUGCAUUGGAGCCAGAAACGGCUGGAUCAGAUGCGUGAAAGAGAUUGGAGAAUUUUCAAAGAAGACUUCAAUAUUAGCACAAAAGGAGGCAGCAUCCCGAAUCCUAUGCGAUCGUGGGGCGAAUCCGGUUUACCGAAACGUUUGCUUGAGAUCAUUGAUAAGGUUGGGUACAAAGAUCCGUCACCCAUCCAGAGAGCAGCUAUACCUAUUGCGUUGCAAAACCGAGACCUUAUCGGAGUUGCGGUUACUGGCUCCGGUAAAACGGCCGCUUUUCUGCUUCCGCUUCUCGUCUACAUCGCCGAGUUACCGCGUCUCGACGAGUUCGAAUGGAGGAAAAGCGAUGGACCUUACGCUAUCAUAUUGGCCCCUACGCGUGAACUGGCGCAGCAAAUUGAGAAUGAAGCCAGGAAAUUUUGUAAUCCACUAGGAUUCAACGUUGUCAGUAUCGUUGGUGGGCACUCCCUAGAAGAGCAGUCUUUCAGUCUCAGGAACGGAGCCGAAAUCAUCAUCGCUACCCCUGGUCGUCUGGUGGAUUGUAUCGAACGGCGUAUCCUUGUUCUCAGCCAGUGUUGCUACGUGAUCAUGGACGAGGCUGAUCGUAUGAUUGAUCUUGGUUUUGAGGAGCCUGUCAACAAAAUCCUUGAUGCUCUUCCGGUUUCAAACGAGAAGCCCGAUACAGAAGAAGCAGAAGACGCGCGCGCUAUGAGCCAGCAUCUUGGAGGCAAAGAUCGCUACAGGCAGACAAUGAUGUAUACUGCAACCAUGCCUUCCGCGGUGGAACGUAUAGCGAGAAAGUAUCUUCGGAGGCCGGCAAUUGUCACCAUUGGUAAUAUUGGCGAAGCCGUUGACACCGUCGAGCAACGAGUUGAAUUCAUCUCUGGUGAGGAUAAACGGAAGAAAAGACUGGCAGAUAUCCUUGCGUCAGGCGAAUUCAGACCUCCAAUUAUUGUCUUCGUUAAUAUUAAAAGAAAUUGCGAUGCUGUUGCUCGUGAUAUUAAACAGAUGGGAUAUUCUUCAGUUACUCUGCAUGGUAGCAAGACCCAGGAACAAAGAGAAGCAGCGUUGGCGUCCGUUCGUAAUGGGAAUACGGACGUGCUUGUCGCUACAGACCUCGCAGGACGUGGUAUUGAUGUGUCAGACGUUAGUUUGGUGGUUAAUUUCAACAUGGCGACAAAUAUUGAGAGUUACACACAUCGUAUCGGACGAACUGGGCGUGCUGGAAAGAGUGGUGUGGCGAUCACGUUCCUUGGGAACGAGGAUGCGGAUGUCAUGUAUGAUCUUAAACAAAUGCUUAUGAAGUCCUCGAUAUCGCGAGUUCCGGAGGAGCUCCGCAAGCAUGAGGCGGCUCAGUCCAAGCCUACCAAGGCUGGCGGUGGACAGAAGAGGCUUGACGAGGGCGGCAUGUUUGCGCCCAAGACUGGUUCCGGGUGGUAGUGGAUUUUUGUCAAUGGAUUUCAAGCGACCGAAUUAUGAAGUAGACCUUACUGCAUUGGCCUGUACGAUUAAAGAAGUACAG